AUGAUCUCUGCAGCUAUUUCUAGGGGGGUGGAUGCGGAGCUGCUUCGUAGAGCCCAGCCUCCUAGAGCCACUGUGGUCCAUGCUGGGCCUGAUCCCCAGCCAGUGCAGGGAGAUUCCUCUAUUCUCCAGACUGACCCACCCUCGCCUCUACCCUCUGUUUAUAGCGAGGAGUCAGCAUUAGUGGAGGAAGGCGAGGUUAUUGACAGGGAAUUUUCUGAUGAUGAGGGCUUGCCCCUGGACCAGCCUACUGCCCCUGGUUUAUUUCGACAUUCUCUCUUUAAAUCAUUACUGUAUAAGGCUAAAACCACCACCCAUAUGGGGGAGGCGGCCUCUAAGGACAGCACAGCUGUAGGAUUAGAUGCUACUGAGCGACUCUUCACUGAGCAAGUGGCUUUGCAGGAUGUUAUUCCCUCACCCAAGUUGUUUCUUGAUCUGAUUCAAAAGCAGUGGGAUCAACUGACUGCGGUUAACCCACCUAGCAAUGGGGAUAGGAAAGUCUACACCUCUACUCCUGAGUUGGAAGCUCUUCUCCAGUUUCCAACAGUUGAUGCUCCCAUUGCUGCCCUCGCCUCUCCAGCAUUAAUUCCAUCCGAAAUUUCGGAGGGCCUGAAGGCAGAGGACCGUAAGGCCGAAACAGUUAUUCGCAAGACUCAUCAGGCUGCAGCCUGGGCCUUACGCUCAGCUACAGCAGCGUCCUUUUUUAAUAGGACUUCCUUGGUCUGGCUUAAACAAUUGCAGAGUAGGCUUGCGCCGGAGGAAGCGCGCCUUCACCAGGAUAUUACUAAAUUAAUGGCAGCCUUAGAGUUUGCUGCAGAUGCCACCCUUAGCGCAGCGAAGUUCGUCUCUCUAGCCUUAGUCUCUAAUGUGGCAUCCCGGCGGUUGCUGUGGCUCCGCCAUUGGCAGGCUGAUGUCAAGUCCAUGUGGCACCUUGCAUCCAUGCCCUUCAAGGGCAGUGCCUUGUUUGGGUCUGUGCUGGAUCCCAUCCUCAUUGAGACCAGGGAUAAGCGUAAGGUUCUUCCAUCCACAGGGGAUCGGGCCCAUAGAAGGCAACAGCCUUACAAUAGACGACAGCUGGGGACUCUGGAUUCGCCCCUGCUCCCUAUGUUCCCCACUACAAUAGGGGUUUCUCCCAGUCACAGGAUCGCGGCCAGGAUCGAGCGGCCACCAGGGAUAUGGGUCGCCAGCAGAAUCAGACGCAGCCCCAGACUAGGAGGCAGUUUCGUGGAGCCGGAAACCGGUCCUUUCGGAGAAGAUUCUGACAGAACAGGCGGAGGUGCUGUUGGUUGCACAGAUGUGGUCCAGACGUCCCUGGUACGCACACCUCAUGCACCUGUCAGUCUCGUGGCCGUGGAGGAUUCCGGACAACCAGAUCCAGCUCAACCAGGGGGCUCUCAUCCAUCCGAACCCCCAGCUCCUACAGUUAGCCGUGUGGCACGUGAGCGGGCUAUUUUGACAGACCUUCACUAUUCGAGUCAGGUGAUUGAUACUAUCCAGGCGGCCCGACAUCCAUCCACUACUUGUAUUUACGAGGCCACCUGGCAGGCCUUCUGUAGGUGGUACCGUCAUACCGGGGCUGACCCCAUCAAGGCUUCGGUGCCACAGGUCUUGGACUUCUUACAAUCAGGACUCAAUAAGGGCCUCACGCGUAACACACUCCGUCGGCAAGUCACAGCAUUAUCCACGGUGGUGGGAGGCGGCCAGGGCCGUUCCUUGUCCCAGCAUUCACGGGUCAAGGCUUUCCUGAAAGGUGCGACAAACUUGAGACCUCCGACAGUCCACUGUUAUCCUACCUGGAACUUGACCUUGGUGCUCAGGGCUCUCACAUCUGCCCCGUUUGAGCCUAUCCAAUCCAUCAGCCUUCGGCUGCUGACGCUUAAGACUGUGUUCCUGGUGGCCAUUACAUCGGCCAGGAGGGUUUCGGAGUUGGCAGUGCUGUCUGUCCGUGCGGAUCUCUGCAUAUUCCAUCCUAACAGAGUAGUCCUCCGUUUGGACCCUUCCUUCCGAAGGUCAAUACGCUGUUCCACAGGGCUCAGGAGCUCGUCCUUCCGGACUUCUGCCCGCACCCGUCCCAUCCCCAAGAGCGCCAGUGGCACCAUUUGGAUGUUCAUAGAACCCUCCGACGUUAUGUUAAGCGCACGGCCUCGUUCAGAAGAUCAGGGGCUUUUUGUUUCCUUCCAGCCGUCGUCCAUGGGACAGAAGGUGUCCUCCCACACCAUCGGCCAAUGGUUAAAGGCGUGCAUUGCUUUGGCAUACGACAGUCAAUCCCAACCAGUUCCCAGACGUAUUAUGCCUCAUUCUACCAGAAGUGCGGCUACCACGGCGGCCUGGGCUACGCAAGCCUCGGUGGAGAUCUGCAGGGCAGCUACUUGGGCGUCGCCCUCGCCAUUUAUUAGACACUACAAAGUUGACGCAAAAGGUCAAGAUAUAGUUCAGAGAAGCAUUUUGGGGCAUAUCCUCCCAGAAGCUAUGGUGUGUUAUUUGGAAAAUUAUGAACCAGAAAAAUUUUCUGAAAUUUUUUUGGGUGAAUUUGAUACUCCAGAAGCCAUUUGGAGCAAUGAAAUGAGGCGGCUAAUGAUAGAGAAGAUAGCGGCACACCUUGCUGACUUCACCCCUCGUCUUCAAAGUAAUACAAGAGCACUUUACCAGUACUGCCCCAUACCAGUUAUCAGUUAUCCUCAACUGGAAAAUGAGCUGUUUUGCAAUAUUUAUUACCUCAGACAUCUUUGUGAUAAGCUUCGGUUUCCUGAUUGGCCAAUUAAAGAUCCUGUUAAACUCUUAAAAGACACUCUGGAAACCUGGAGGAAGGAGGUUGAAAAGAAGGCACCUACAAUGUCCAUAGAUGAUGCUUAUGAAGUUCUGAAUCUACCAAAGGGUCAAGGGCUACAUGAUGAAAGUAAGAUCAGGAAAGCUUAUUUUAAACUGGCUCAGAAAUACCACCCUGACAAGAACCCAGAAGGUCGGGAUAUGUUUGAAAAGGUCAAUAAAGGAUAUGAGUUUCUCUGCACAAAGUCCUCUAAAAUUGUUGAUGGUCCAGAUCCAGAGAAUAUAAUUCUGAUUUUGAAAACUCAGAGUAUCCUUUUUAACAGACACAGAGAAGAUUUGAAGCCAUAUAAGUAUGCAGGCUAUCCAAUGUUGAUUAAGACAAUCAUAAUAGAAACUUCAGACAACCUCCUGUUUUCCAAAGAGUCUCCUCUGUUGCCAGCUGCCGCAGAAUUAGCCUUCUACACAGUCAAUUGUUCAGCACUUAAUGCAGAAGAACUAAGGAGAGAGAAUGGAAUAGAGGUUUUGCAAGAAGCCUUUAAUCGUUGUGUUGCAGUUCUAACACGUUCUAGUAAGCCAGAGGAUAUGUCAGUCCAGGUGUGCGGACACAUUAGCAAAUGUUACAGCGUGGCUGCUCAGUUUGAAGAUUGCAGAGAGAAAAUUACUGAAAUGCCCAAUAUUAUUAAGGACCUCUGCAGAGUGCUGUAUUAUGGCAAGAACAUUCCACGUGUGGCUUCAAUCGGAGUUGAAUGUGUCAGCUCAUUUGCAGUGGAUUAUUGGCUACAGACACAUCUGUUCCAAGCUGGCGUUCUGUGGUAUUUAUUAGGCUACCUCUUUAACUAUGAUUAUACACUGGAAGAGAGUGGCAUUAAAAAGAGUGAAGACUCUAAUCAGCAGGAAGUAGCUAAUACCCUUGCCAAACUCAGUCUCCUUGCUUUGAGUCGGCUUGGUGGAUACCUUUCUGAAGAGCAAACUACACCUGAGAAUCCAGCAAUCAGAAAAAGUCUCGGUGUCCUGUUGACCCCUUACAUUACAAGGAAACUUGCUGUGGUCAGUCCUGCUGAGAUUCUGAAAAUGCUCAACAGCAAUACAGAGAGCCCUUACUUGAUCUGGAAUAAUCGGACAAGAAUUGAACUCCUUGAAUUCUUGGAAUCUCAGCAAGAAAGCAUGAUUAAAACAGGUGAAUGUGAUAAAAGUUAUGGAUCUGAAUUUAUCUUCAGUGAUCACGCAAAAGAACUUAUUGUAGGAGAGAUUUUUGUUAGAGUUUACAAUGAAGUUCCCACAUUCCAGUUAGAGCUUCCAAAAGCAUUUGCUGCAAGCCUUUUGGAUUAUGUAGGGUCACAAGCCCAGUAUCUGCAUACGUUAAUGGCCAUAACUCAGACAGGGAAAGUUGAAUCUAACCAACAUGGAGAACGACUCAGAAGAGUUGAAAUGGCUCUGGAAGCCCUGAGAAAUGUGAUAAAGCACAACCCAGGUUCAGAAUGUGAAUGUAUAGGUCACUUUAAGCUGCUAUUUUCCCUUCUACGUGUCCAUGGAGCUGGUCAAGUGCAACAGUUGGCUCUGGAGGUGGUGAACAUAGUGACAAGUAACCAAGAUUGUGUAAAUAAUAUUGCAGAAGCAAUGGUUCUUUCCAACUUACUAGCUCUCUUGCAUUCAUUGCCUUCAAGUCGACAGCUAGUUCUUGAAACUCUGUAUGCUUUGACAUCUAGUACCAAAAUAGUUAAAGAAGCUAUGCAAAAAGGUGCAUUAAUCUACUUACUUGAUAUGUUCUGUAAUUCAACACAUCCACAAGUUCGAUCUCAGACAGCAGAACUUUUUGCUAAAAUGACAACAGACAAGCUGGUUGGUCCAAAGGUUAGAAUUAUCUUAAUGAAAUUUCUACCUGGUGUCUUCAUGGAUGCUAUGAGAGAUAAUCCUGAAGCUGCUGUUCACAUUUUUGAAGGAACACAUGAAAAUCCAGAGUUAAUAUGGAAUGACAACUCCAGAGAGAAAGUAUCUACAACCGUUCGCGAAAUGAUGCUAGAGCAUUUUAAAUUGCAAAAGGACAAUCCUGACAUUAACUGGAAGUUGCCUGAAGAUUUUGCUGUUAUAUAUGGUGAAGCAGAGGGUGAACUGUCUGUAGGGGGUGUCUUCUUAAGAAUCUUUAUUGCCCAGCCAGCCUGGGUUCUACGGAAACCUAGAGAAUUUCUCAUUGCCCUAUUAGAAAAAUUCACUGAACUACUGGAGAAGAAUAAUCCUCAUGGGGAAACUUUGGAAACAAUAACAACAGCAACAGUAUGCCUCUUUAGUGCUCAGCCUCAGCUAGCAGACCAGGUUCCCCCACUGGGUCAUCUUCCCAAGAUUCUUCAAGCUAUGAAUCAUAAAAACAAUGCUAUUCCUAAAAGUGCUAUGCGAGUCAUACACAUACUAUCUGAUAAUGAGCUUUGUGUUCGUUCAAUGGCAAUGUUAGAGACAAUUUGCCCUUUGAUGAAUGGAAUGAAGAAAAGAUCAGAUAAUGUUGGCAUAGCCUGUGAAGCACUUAAUCGAAUGUUUCAAAAGGAACAAAAUGAUCUAGUAGUCCAAGCCUUGAAAGCAGAUUUAGUACCCUAUCUCCUAAAAUUGCUUGAAGGUGUUGGCCUUGAGAAUCUGGAAAGCCCGUCAGCUACAAAAGCUCAAAUUGUUAAAGCACUUAAAUCAAUGACUCGCAGUUUACAGUAUGGAGAACAGGUGAAUGAAAUCCUGUCUCAAUCUUCUAUAUGGAGUGCCUUCAAAGAUCAGAAACAUGAUUUGUUCAUAUCUGAAACUCAGACAGCAGGAUACAUCACUGGCCCUGGAGUUGCUGGCUAUCUUACUGCAGGGAGGCCUUCGCCCGUUAUGCCCAAUGUUCCACCUCCUGUCGAUCACGAAGCUGGAGAUAUUGGCUAAGGGAUAUGAAUGGCCUACACAAGGGACUCAAAGGCAAAGAUUUAUUGGCUUAAACCUUUAGAAUAAAUUUUGUCUGCCUUUCCCAGUUUCAAAACAGUGUUAUUCCUUUUUCUAUGAAUAUUUUUUUUAGAAAUUCUACUGCAUUGUAACAUAAAAAAGUACUUUGUGGACCAGCCUAAAAGAGUACACAAAAACUUUUUCUUGCUGUACAUAAUCACAUUUAUUUCUUAUAUUUUUGUUUACAAGACUGUGAAUCGAAACAAUUUUCCUAAUAUUUUGUAUUAUAUUAAUUAACAUGACUGAAGUUGAACUGCAGUCUCAAAGAAUUGGCUAAAUCAUUUGAUCCUCCUAAAUUGCACUAGAAGUUUAUUUCUUCAAUGCUUCAAGUUGGAUUUGAUCAUCCUCUGAGAACUUGACUGGUUUGAUGUUGUUUGUCUACAUCCCCAAUCACUAGCAUAAAUAAGAUCCUGGUGUGUUUAACUGGCUUUACCAAAUCAAAAACUAAAAUACAGCAAAAUUAUAUUUAAAAAUUACAUGGUAUAUAAAAAAGCAUUGUGUCAUUGUGAUAUGUUCUAUACAUUAUUCAGUAUAUAAAACUUUCUAUAUUGAAUGUACAUUAUACAAAUCAUUCAUAUGUACAUAAAAUUUAAAAGAAUAAAGGGAACUGUAAGCCUUGUUGAAACAA